UCCCGGAACAAGUUUCAAGCCUCCUCUCCUCCUUCCUGUACACACAACAGAGAAGAACAGCGGAGAGAUAGUUGUCCUUCCAGUAGAGACUAGAGAGGAAGAAGUAGCGAGCGUGAGAGAGUAUCGAAGAUGAGCGGCGGACAGGACCUGCAGCUGCCGCCGGGCUUCCGCUUCCACCCGACGGACGAGGAGCUCGUCAUGCACUACCUCUGCCGCCGCUGCGCCGGCGCGCCCAUCGCCGUCCCCAUCAUCGCCGAGAUCGACCUCUACAAGUUCGACCCAUGGCAGCUCCCCAAGAUGGCGCUGUACGGCGAGAAGGAGUGGUACUUCUUCUCCCCGCGGGACCGCAAGUACCCGAACGGGUCGAGGCCCAACAGGGCGGCCGGGUCGGGGUACUGGAAGGCCACGGGGGCCGACAAGCCCGUGGGCUCGCCCAAGCCCGUGGCCAUCAAGAAGGCGCUCGUCUUCUACGCCGGGAAGGCGCCCAAGGGCGAGAAGACCAACUGGAUCAUGCACGAGUACCGCCUCGCCGACGUCGACCGCUCCGCCCGCAAGAAGAACAGCCUCAGGUUGGACGAUUGGGUCCUGUGCCGCAUCUACAACAAGAAGGGCGGGCUGGAGAAGCCGGCGGCCGCGGACCAGAAGCCGCCGCUGAUGGGCGGCUACGGGGCUGCCGCCAUGGCGAGCUCCCCUCCAGAGCAGAAGCCCCUGGUGGGUUCCGGCAUGGCCCCGCCGGCUUUCCCCGACUACGCGGCGUACUACGACCGGCCGUCGGACUCGAUGCCGCGGCUGCACGCGGACUCGAGCUGUUCGGAGCAGGCCGCCGUGCUGUCGCCGGACCAGUUCCCGGGCGGCGGCGAGGUGCAGAGCCAGCCCAAGAUCAGCGAGUGGGAGCGCUCCUUCUCCACCACCACCGCCGACAACCCGGCAUCCGCCGGCGGCGGGCUCGGGCUCGGCGGCGACCCGCUGCUCCAGGACAUCCUCAUGUACUGGGGCAAGCCGUUCUAAGCAACAAAGCGAUCAAAAUCAUGGCAUCCAUCGUUAGUUCUUGGGAGGCAAUGACGUUCGCGGGCGAGCCGCCGGAGUUGACCCGAUCGAGCACGGGAUAAUUUUAAGAAGAAUUUAGAAGAGGGAUUAGAUGGUUGAUAAGACAAAGGCAGGUGUCGUUGGUGAUGUCGACUCGAAUUGAAGGGCGGCGAUGAGUCCGUGGAGGGGCCUCCCGGUUCAUAUCUGGAGUAGUACUUGGUGACAGCUAGCGGAGGUGAAGGGUGAUAGCGUUGGCUGCUGCAUUGUUUGCAUCAUCGAGGGCGGUUGCAUGUGUGUGUAUAUGUGUACAUACAUGGGACAUGCAUAUGAUUGAUUCGGUUCAGGGGAGUUUCUAACUUCCCUGUUCCUGUUUCUUCAUUCGUUUAUUGUAAGGGUUCCUUCCGUAGCGGUUACUGUGCUAGAGGCGGCAGUGUAUGGUGGAGCAGUGGUACUGUAAUAAAAAAAAUGCCCAUUGGUAGUGUCUGUGUAA